AUGAGAAAAACAUGUGAAGUAUGUAAAAAUAAAACGUUUCAGUAUGUCUGCCCCUCAUGUGAAAUAGUAUACUGUAGUGUUGAAUGUUAUAAAUUACAUAAUUCAUCAUGUGUUAAAUCAUUUUUAGAUAAUCAGGUGAAUGAAAAUAUAAGAAAUAAUGAAUUGACAGAUUUUGAUAUAAAGGAAUUUAAAUUCAAGUUGAAGAAAUUUUAUGAUUUACAAGAUGAGGCAGAUUGUAAGAAUGAGGGGGUUAACGUUGAUAGGAUAAUAAAUGGAUAUGAGUCACCAGAAAAGAAAAAAGGAAAGAAUAAUGAUAAUGAUGAUAAUGGUAGUGAUGAUAAUGAUGAUGAUAAUGGUAGUGAUGAUAAUGAUGAUGAUAAUGGUAGUGAUGAUAAUGAUAAUGAUAAUGGUAGUGAUGAUAAUGAUGAUAAUGAUGGUCAAUUGGAGAAUCCUUCUGGACAUCUAAAAAAAUGGUACAUCAGCAAUAAACGAUAUAAGGUGUUAACCGAGCUAGCUUUAAAAGAUGAAAUAAAAUUAGAGAAUUUAAAUGAAAAAGAAAAAAAACAAUUCUUCUCAUUUAUAAAGAACAAUGAUAUGAAUUUAUAUAUAGAAAGAUAUGAACCUUGGUGGUUAAACUGUGUAAUAAAAAAAAUGAAAAUACCUGAGGAACAUAUUUGUUGUAUUAAGAAGGUUAAUGAUCAAGUUAUAUAUAUAAUUAUAGAAAUUAUAUAUGCAUAUUGUUAUUUACAUCGUAUAUAUAAUAAAAGUAUUAAUAAUAAAGAAUUCUGUUAUUCUUUAUUAUAUAUAUCAGAAUCUUUAAAUAGAUUUAAUAUUCCACAAACAAAUGUAUUAAAUACAAUUAAUAAUAUUUUUGAGAAAAUAAUUGAAAACGAUGAAUUAAUAAGAGAAAAAAAUGUUUUAUAUAAUGUAAUUACAGAUGUAACCAAAAUAUUAAAUUUAAAAGAAUUAUUACUUAGAUCUUUAUAUGAAACGAAAAAAAUUUUUAAAAAAGAGAUUCAAAAGAUUCAAUUGUAUAAGGAAAAAUUAUAUAAAAAAAAUAAUAAUCCAACGAAAAUUCUUGAUAUCAUGCAAGAAGAAAAAUUAUUUAAAUAUGUGAAUAAAAAAAUUAAAUUUUUAUAUUCUUAUUCUUAUUAUCAUUUCGAAAACUUUCAAGAUAUACAUAAGCAGCUUACAAAUUUUUAUAAUGAGCACAAGAGGUAUGUAAUUCAAAAUGAAAAAAGGGAGAUCACCUUUGAGAAGCAAUAA